CUCUUGUUUCGCGUCCUCGCAUCCGUCGCCGCCGCCUCUUCCUCCGCCUCCUCCUUCGCCUCUUCCUGCCUCCUCCCGGCUUCCGCCGCCGCCGCCGCUCCAGCCGAAUCCCAACCCCCGGGCGAAGCGUUGCCUUAUUUAUUUCCGUUUUCUCGCCACUACAGCCUCCUGACACUGUGAUCCGGGCGGGCCCCGCAGGAAUUUUAUCCCCUCUCCGGCCUCACACUAGUAUCGCAUGUCCACUAUCCAGAACCUCCAAUCUUUCGACCCCUUUGCUGAUGCAACUAAGGGUGACGACUUACUCCCGGCAGGGACUGAGGAUUACAUUCAUAUAAGAAUCCAGCAACGGAACGGCAGAAAGACGCUGACUACUGUUCAGGGCAUUGCUGAUGAUUAUGACAAAAAGAAACUUGUGAAGGCUUUCAAAAAGAAAUUUGCCUGUAAUGGUACUGUGAUUGAACAUCCCGAGUACGGAGAGGUUAUUCAGCUUCAAGGUGACCAGAGAAAAAACAUUUGCCAGUUUCUCUUGGAGGUUGGCAUUGUGAAGGAGGAACAGCUUAAGGUUCAUGGAUUCUAAAAUGAACCUAAAUACGUGGAGAAUUUCUUGAAUAUUUUUGUUCUCUAAACGCAGUUUGGCUGCCUUGUGAAAUGAUUCUCUGCAGUAAAUGGACUUUUCAUUUAUUUAAUCAUUCAAACUUCCAUUCACAUCUGCAUGAUUCCAGAAGACAUGGGGUAUGUAGGCUAGUAACACAUAAGAAAAUUGCAGUAAGAUGGUAACACAACCCCGUAUUCAUCUUAACAUGUUUCCAAUGGAAAAUAUUUUGUUUUGAGUGUUAAUUUGUUUAUAGUUCAGUUUAUUACUUUUCACUUGAUUAAAUGUAUUUUGUUGUAUUAAACCAUGUACGUUGCAGCUUAACAAUAAAAAAAAAUCUGUGAA